AGAAGAAAAAGAUCUAGAGCUGAUUUGCAACCCGCCGAAACAGAUCUGGAGAAGAAGGAAAAUGUCUCCUGUCUCCACACGCACCGUUCUAGGAUCAGCUGGCCGUUAGGAAAACGCAAACAGCAAAGUGGUGAGUCGGAAAACCCUCACUAGUUGCACUGCAGUGAAGGUUAGAGGGAAAAUGUUGUACAACCUGUUAUGAAUUUGUUGUAUUAUAUUGUAUAUCACGUUGCUUCGGCCUAAUCAAAGGCGCAACCUUCCCCCUUUGAGGCCUAGCCAGCCAUGUUUAGGUUUAGACGAAGACAGCGAAUAUUGACGGUUCACAUUUCACUAAAAGUAAUUGUGACUGUGGUUCGGGUAAUUUGCAAUGGGAGCAGUUACUGUGGACAUGUAACAAACUUUAUUGGGCCCAAUCUAUCAUCUGAGUAUUUAAAUGAAUGCAUCGUGUUGGAUUUACAUAGGAAGCAGGUGUCCUGCCAUAUAGAAAAUACCUAGUUUGCUUGCGAAGCACGGCUGGAGCGCCUCGGGUGUGCGCUUAAGCAGCCGAGCGCGCGGGUGACCAAAAGAGGGCGAUUUAGAAUGUGACGUCAAAACUCCUAAUGUUGUUUUUUGCAUGAUGACAAAACGUUCUUAUUAUGAGCCCACAAUAUGUCAUAUACAUGUUAUAGACAUUCAUUAUUUACCAGAAUAGAAUAUUAAAUAUAAGUAAUAUACAUUGCUGAAUUGGAGAGGGUGGGAAAGAGGAUACAUAUCUGCGACUGGUGGUAAUUAUUUAUUUAAAUCGUAGUCAAGUAGCUCAACUCCACGAUGAUUCACGGAGUUGUGCGCAGACUAGGGUUUUUCAAACGAACCUCCGACUCGCCAAGCAGUCGAUACUUCAAAAGUGUGAAUUCUUAAACCCGUAUCAUGUACCUAUGUUUCUCCUCUGCGUGCCUUUCUUUGUGUGCUGAAAACCGUACUUUUUAAUAAAACGUUGAUGAAAAACAACCACCGAGUUUUUCCUCAUUGCUGUUGCUCUAAAAUGGCAACGCUGCACGCGCCAAUUGAACAUCAACCAGGAAACAGUCGGUGGUUGUAUUUGAUUAACGUUUUAUUAAAAGGUAUGGAUUUCAGCAAACAAAGGCACACAACAACGGCGGACAAACGGGUACACGUAAGGGUUUAAGAAUUCACAUUUGUGAAGUAUCGACUGCAUAGCGACUCGAUGAGACAGAGGUUCAUAAAAAGAAAACUCUAGUCUGGAUGAAUUAAUUGUUGAGUUGAGGUACUUGGGGAAUCACAGAUAUUUCUGUUAUUUUUAUUAUUGCAAUAGUUUAUUGAUGAUGACCAUUACUCUGUAGACCCCCGUUUGUGUUUUUUCUGUCUUAUAGACUACCCAAAACUGACACUGCGACAAAUACAGAAAGGUUCAGGAGAAACUCUCAGCACAAAACAGUCACCCAGGAAGUGAAGAGGAAGUGACAUCAGAGCAAAUGGAACCAAAUCCCAGCCUGGCGGGGGUGGACUCCCAGGGCAACAUGGUGUUCAGAGUGGUUAAGCCUGUCAUGGGCAUCUUCCAAGUCUCCUCAGAACAGACCAACUCUGUAGGACAUGGGGGGUCGCAGCAGAUAAUGGUCGGGGGGCUGACAGGGUUACCAGGGUUAUCCAACCUCCCCUCCAUGGUGCUGGGGGAUGGACAGGGACAGGACCAGCAGCGAAUUGGGGACGUGAACCAGAUGCAAGCCCAGAUUCAGAUCCCGGCAGGGGACAUGACCCAGGUUGCCGCUCCAAACCACAACCACGUACCCCAUGUUCCAUUUGCAGAGGUGUCGUCUCUCCUGGACCCCAACAUGAAGAGUUCCAAGGCCCGUAAGUACCACAGCCAGAGAUGGAGGGAAUUAGGCCAGGGGUGGCCCCUCCUACUGGAAACCUCUCUUCCUGCAGGAUGUUCCGGCACUACUACUCAAACACACCUGAUUCUACUAAUCAACUGCUCCUCAGGACCAUGAUUACCUGAAUCAGUUGUUAGAGCAGUGCUGGAGCAAAACCCUGCACACCCAGUAGCUCUCCAGGUGGAAGGUUGGCCUCACCUGCUGUAGUAUGGAAUAAGUGGAAAAUUCAACACAAUUUGAUCAUUCAUCUGUUGUUCCUCUGGUCCUAGGUAAGUACCUGAUUCCCUAUGACGAGAUCAAGCGUCGUCUGGAGGCUCCAGAGAAGAUGUCUCUGCGUUCGCUAGCAGCCUACACCAGGGUCAGCCGUGGCCCGGCCAGCAAGAAAACCCUGCAGGAGUCUCUAAAUAUACUGGGCCUUACUCCUAGCACUACUACAUCUGUGUCUUCCUCCUUUUCCAAGCUCACAGAGGGUAAGCGCGUGUGUGCGUGCGUGUGCGCGUGCGUGUGUGUGCAUCUCUCGUGCUUUAAGAUUGUUGUUGUGUUUUCCAGGUGACACCAAAGCCCUGUAUAACGACAUGAAGGACUUUGCCCAUGACUACAUGGACUUUGGCAACAUGGCCAAGCAGCUUAUACCAGAGACCAACCCUGUCCAACACUGGUCCAAGGUUAUAGAAACCAGGUUAGUGUGGUUACAGCACGGUGUAAUCAUGAGUUGACUAUGAUCUAUACGUUUUCUGUACAGUGAGACAAACCCUAACACAUCUUUGUUCUGGGAUAGGAGCCACCUGGAGGCGAUGAGGAAGUGCUUCCGUGACCCGGUCAACAGUGCGUUGUUCGACAACGUGACUCACGGCCUGGGCCUCGGGAUGCUCGACGCCGCCCUCGACAUGAUCACCAUGGUGAUCGACAAACAAAUUCGCAUCCUGUCCGGCGCCGCAGCAACCGAUCCCGUCGACACCGGCCCGCCAAUGAGACGCAUGCGCCGCCGUCAGCGCAAGCCCCGAGGCAACGACAAACCGCACCGGUCGGCGGGCGUUGUUAAAGGUCAAGGGAAAGGGGCAGGGAAGGGCAAAGGAAGGGGCAGAGGCAGGAAGAAGGUGCGGCUGCAGGAGUCUGGAGCUCCGGUUGGUGUUGCCAUGGAUACAACCCAGCAGCAGGAUCAAGAGCAUUGUCAGCCGGAGGAUGUGGAGAGCAGUGUUCUCACACUCGUCUCCGUUGGUUAUGAGACCAUCUCCAGCGGCUUCAACACCACAGGACAGAUUUGAAGACGUUUAACGGUUAAACAAGCAAUGCUUAACACAGGUUUCGGACUUCGCUAAACAUUUCUUCCGGUGGGGAAGCUGGGAGCGGAACUGUCUUAGUAACGUUGUGGAACAUUGUGAUGUUUAGACACAACUCUGGUCUGGCCCACAGAACCCCACUGAGAGGGAGGCGUUCAGUGACGUCACAGCAUUUUGGUUUAUAAUUUUAGUUUAGUUUUUGAGUGUUGCAGCUGUUGCCUACUGAUAAAUUCAAUCAGUUGAAGUUAGAUUUUUUUGUCAGUCAGCACAGAGGUGACGAACGCAGCUUUGUUGAAGUGGAAAUCAAGUCAGUCGAAAGAGAACUGAUUAUAUUGAAAAACCUACAAUGUAGAAAUGAGUCUUAAUUCUGUUCUUUGGAUAAGGCCAUCCCUUCAUUUCACCUACUCAUCUGGUAUUGGAUAGCCCAGUUUAUUGAUAUAAUGAGUAGGCCAGUUAUAGCCCUCUCUCAAUCUCCAUGAUUGUAACAUUGGGAACAUAUCCAGCCAGUACUUUGUCAAUGAUUGUAUUGAAACCUGGAUUGCUGAAAUACUUGUAUUAAAG